AUGACCACAGCCAUCUACGAGUCAUCCUGCGAGGCCUACAAGCUGAUUGGCAGCUCCUCUGGCUUCUAUUCCAUAGAUCCAGAUGGGAGUGGCCCCCUGGGGCCAGCACCGGUCUACUGCAACAUGACAGAUGGCCGCCCGUUGUCCUGGUGGGUGGACCAGGAAGGAGAGAGGCAUAGCUACUGGGGAGGCUUCCUUUCUGGGGUCCAGCAGUGCUCGUGCAGCCUGGAGGAGAACUGCAUUGACAUGAACUACUUCUGCAACUGCGACGCUGACAUAGACACAUGGGCUAAUGACACAGGAGUCCUCUCCUAUAAAGACCACCUACCGGUGAGCCACAUCGUGAUCGGGGACACCAACAGGACAGGCUCGGAGGCCAUCUACCGAAUCAGCCCCCUGCGUUGUUAUGGAGACAGUGGAACAGCGUCCCAGCAGAGAGGCUUCUUGGGCUGCAUUAGGACAUUGACUUUCAACGGUGUGACCUUUGACCUGGAAGAGAGGGCCAAGAUGGUGCCGGGGGUGAGCUCUGGUUGUCCAGGUUACUGCAGCAGCUCCAGCAGCCUUUGUCACAACAAGGGGAAGUGUAUUGAGAAAAGCAGUGGCUACACCUGCGACUGCUCGCAGUCAGCCUUUGGAGGACCCACCUGUAAAGAGGAGUCCAUCUGGAACGCAGCAUCCUUCUACCAGGAGUCAUCCUCCCUCCUCUUCCCCACCCUGCGGGCCGAGCUCACCUUCGACAUCUCCUUCUACUUCAAGACCACUGCUAAUUCAGGGGUCUUUCUGGAGAACAUGGGUCAUAAAGACUUCAUCCGAGUGGAGCUCAGCUUGGUGUCGGUGUCCUUCGACAGAGAGUCCUCGAUGACCUUUACCUUCCAGGAGCCUUUCUCAGUCAUGCGGAACAGAAGCUCCCAGGCCUCCAGUGCUCGCAGAGAAAGCAUCGGCAGGGCCAGAGAGGAUGUGGCCUUCACCUUCAUCACCUCCCAGAGCCCAGCCCUGCUGCUGACUGUCAUCACCUUCAGCAAGCAGUACAUCGCUGUCAUCCUGACUCACAACGGAAGUCUGCAGAUCUGGUAUCAUCUGCAGAUACACAGGACCCCAGAUGUGUUCAGUCCCAUCCUCAGCAGCCUGGCAGACGGACAAAUCCACCGAAUCAGAAUCCACCGUGAGGGCAAAGACCUCUAUGUACAGAUCGACCAGGACAUCCACACAAACGUACCACGCCUGCUCAAUCAAUGCAGAGCUGAUCUUAAUCAGCUCCCUGACAUUGGGCAAAGAAGAGACAUCUUCCAAGAGGAGGUACUUUUAGCAGGUUCAAAGGGUUUCAUUGGCUGUCUUUCCUCAGUCCAGUUUAAUCAUGUGGCUCCUCUGAAAGCAGCGCUGCUGAAUCGAGGGAGCUCAUUGAUCACCAUCCGGGGGCCAUUGAUGCAGUCAAACUGUGGAGCGCUGGCAGACUCCAUCACAUCCAAAAAUCUGCGAGAUCAAACUGCAACAACAAAUAAAGAUAAGGAGCAGCAUGGCGCUGAUACUCAGAAUGAUGUGGCUGUAAUAGCAGGUCCGACUUACGUCGCCAUCGUGGACUGUCAGGUGCAGCUUGUGCCAGGGGGACUUAGAAAGUUAUUUGGAAGUGUGGUGACAGUGGUGGUGUUCAUUGCAGUUUGCAUCCUUGCUGUUGUGACUCGUCGACUGUACCUGCGACAGGCCCACAGGACCAACCACAGCAUCAAGGAGAAGGAGCAUCACCAUAGUGUGGAGACGGGAAACAGGACGGAGCUGCACCUCCACAACUCUGUCAGGGACAACAUGAAGGAGUACUACAUCUGA